AUGACUAUUGUACGGAUCAAGGCGUUUGUUUCAGAAAAUAUUACAUUAGAACAUCCAGAUUUUGUUAAAUGUCUUGCUGUAGCCCAUCCUUAUGUUAUUAGUGGAUCAAGAGAUGAAACAAUUAGAAUUUUUGAUAUUGGAAGUGAAGAGUUGGUUGAUAUCAUUGAAGCACAUUACGAUGAAGUUUCAUGUUUAGUGGUGAAAGGAACAAUGUUGUAUUCAGGAUCAUUGGAUGGCACUAUUAGAAAAUGGUCUAUCACUGCCAAAGAUAUUGCGGAAAGAAUUAAAAAAAAUUCCAUAAAAGAUGAUGAUGAUAAAAUAUCAGAUUCCAAGCCUUCUACUACAACAACGGAUACUCAAACAUCAUCCGUUAUGACAAUGGAAGAAGAACUUGAAUUGGAAGAAUUAUUAAGAGAUGAUGAAAUUUAA